AUGAUCACACGCACCAGUAGUGAGCCGAGUUGUACAAUCUCAUCACCGGUUGAAAGUGUUGUUGUUGUUGAAUCAAACAAUUCCUCUCCUCCGAUCUGUUCCAACAUCCAUACACCGUUCAUUGAUGAUAUUAUUUUUGAAAUUCUUCAUUUCCUUCCAUCAUCAUGGAUCAUUCGAGUGUGUAUGAAAAUUUCAAAACAAUGGAGACAAGUAUCAUUUCAAAUUCCGCUAUCAUUGGCAUUCAAAUCAAAUCACUUCAAACAAGUUCGUGAAUCAAUCAAAUUUUUGGGGAAUUGUGAAUGUUUGACGAAUUUAACUUCUUUGGACCUUAGUUUCAAUCAAAUUGACAAUGAAGGUGCGAAAGAUAUUGCUAUGAGUGAAUGUUUAAAGAAUUUAAUUUCUUUGAAUCUGGAAAGCAAUAGUAUUGGUAAUGAAGGUGUUAAAUAUAUUUCUACAAGUGAUUAUUUGAAGAAUUUGACUUGUUUAAAUUUGAAAUACAAUCGCAUUGACAAUGAAGGUAUCCAAUAUAUUGCUACGAGUGAAUUUUUGAAGAAGUUGACUUUUUUAAAUCUGUUUGACAAUGGAAUUGGCAAUGAAGGUGUCAAAUAUAUUGCCGCAAGUGAAGGAUUGAAGAAUUUGACUACUUUGAAUCUGGUCAGCAACAGAAUUGACAAUGAAGGCUUCAAACAUAUUGCUACGAGUGAAUAUUUGAAGAAUUUGACUUCUUUGAAUCUAAUCAACAAUAGAGUUGGCAAUGAAGGCGUCAAGUAUAUUUCUACAAGUGAAUGUUUUAAUAACUUGACUUGUUUGAAUCUGAGACACAAUGAAAUUGGCUGUGAAGGCGUAAAAUAUAUUUCUGCAAGCGAAUGUUUGAAGAAUUUGACUUCUUUAAAUCUAGGAUUCAACCAAAUUGGCAAUGAAGGUGUCAAAUAUAUUGCUGCGAGUGAGUGUUUGAAGAAUUUGACUACUUUGAAUCUGGGUAGUAAUAGAAUUGGCAAUGAAGGUUUUAAAUAUCUCACUACGAGUGAAUAUUUGAAGAAUCUGACUUCUUUGGAUCUGAUACACAAUCCAAUUAACAAACGGUGA